AGAUGUAUGAAGUAGAUUCUGAUCUGGUUUCUUCCUCCAGGUUGGACCAUGGUGGACUGCACAGACUGGAUCCUGGUCUGAGGAAGUACGCCUGUGAGCUGGAACUGGACACAAACACAGUGAACAGAUCCCUCAGACUGUCUGACAACAACAGGAAGGUGACAUAUGUGGAGAAGCUUCAGUCAUAUCCUGAUCAUCCAGACAGAUUUGAAUACCAUCCUCAGCUGCUGUGUAGGACUGGUCUGACUGGUCGCUGUUACUGGGAGGUCAAGUGGAGAGGAGUGGUUGAUGUAUCAGUGAGUUACAGAGGAAUCAGAAGGAGAGGAACCAGUGAUGAAUGUAUAUUUGGAUAUAAUGAUCAAUCCUGGAGUCUGUUCUGCUCUGAUGGAGGUUACUCUGUCAGGCACAAUACCAGAAGAACAAAGAUCUCCUCCUCCUCUGUCUCUAACAGAGUAGCAGUGUAUGUGGACUGUCCUGCUGGCUCUCUGUCCUUCUACAGAGUCUCCUCUGACACACUGAUCUACCUCCACACCUUCAACACCACAUUCUCUGAACCUCUCUAUCCUGGGUUUGGGUUUUGGUUCUGGUUUGGUUCUUCAGUGUCUGUGUGGUGUGUCGGUCUGAGAAACACUGCUGACUGAAGACCAGCUGACUCU